AUGUCGCAGACGGUUGGAAAGACCCGUCUUGCGUAUUCUCGCGCAUGGCACUAUGUCGACGCCGGGUCCGACUCACGAUCUCUCGGCCGGCUGGCCUCAUCAAUUGCUCUUGUCUUGAUGGGCAAGCACAAGCCAAUCUACGACCCUUCGACGGACUGCGGUGACUAUGUCGUCGUGGCCGGCUGCCAUGACCUGCGAACAACCGGCAAGAAGCGAUUCCAGAAGAAGUACUACCACCACAACACACGACCCGGUAGCUUGAAGAGCAUGACGAUGGAUGAGAUGUUUGCGAAGUGGGGAGGGGGCGAGGUCCUGCGCCGCGCCGUCAAGGGCAUGUUGCCCAAGAACCGUCUACAAGAGCCCCGGUUGGCUCGGCUGAAGACCUUCGAGGGCCUUGCCCAUCCAUACAAAGAGAACAUUGUCAAGUUUGGCAACGAGUCUGUCCUGAACAAGCCGCAGGUGCAGCAGGCUUUCAAGGAGGCCAAGGAAGCCGAGGCGUCCGCGUAA